AGCGCACAGCGCCUCCUUACAACUCCUUACAGCCUCCUCUCCGCAGUUGCAAGCUGCACCGCAGUAGUUAACUUUUGAUCGCAAGGUUUUGAAUGAGGACCGAGGCGCACGCGAUUUCAAUCCACCCAGAAAAGCGAUCAAUUAAAUGACAUUUCCGUUGAGUUGAUGCAUCACUUAGAAGUGGUUCCCCUCAACAUGAGGGCAUUUAAGUGAUUUUUGGAUAUUGAUUACUGGGCUGAAUUUGUGUUAAGAGUUAUCCAUCCGUUUUUCAGAGCUUCGGCGAACCGAUCUUGGCGCAAUUACGCACACGGAGCGCCAUGGCACAUAUUCUGGGCAGACGUACGCCCGUUUUGCUUUUGGUCUGGAGCUACUGCGUGCUCGCGGAUAUAACCUUUACGAACUUCACUUUGGACAAUGAAUUCCACUCCAGUUUUAUCCACCGCCGGCUGAAGAGCCAGGAGCGCAAGGAGAUGCAGCGGGAGAUCUUGUCGAUUCUGGGGCUGCCGCACCGGCCGCGACCUCACCUCCACGGGAAGCACAACGCUGCCCCGAUGUUCAUGCUGGACCUGUACAACGCCAUGUCCACGGAUGGGGACGAAACUAGAUACUCUUACCCUUACAAACCCAUCUUCACGACCCAGGGCCCACCGAUUGCCAGCCUACAAGACAGCAACUUCUUGAAUGACGCUGACAUGGUCAUGAGCUUUGUGAAUUUAGUGGAGCACGAUAAGGAAUUCCUACCAGUGCGGCGGCAUCAUCGAGAGUUCAGAUUUGAUCUGUCACGUAUCCCAGAGGGCGAGGCCGUCACCGCUGCCGAGUUUCGUAUUUACAAAGAUUUCAUUCACGAAAGCUACGAUAAUGAGACCUUUCGGCUCAGCGUCUACCAGGUGUUGGAGGAACAUUCUGACAGGGAAUCGGAUCUCUUUCUGCUGGACUCGAGGGUGAUCUGGGCAGCCGAGGAGGGCUGGCUGGUGUUUGACAUCACAGCCACCAGUAACCACUGGGUCCUGAACCCUGGCAGGAACCUGGGGCUGCAGCUGGCCCUGGAGACCCCAAACGGAGAGAGUAUCAACCCUCGUGUGGCCGGGCUGAUUGGUCGCAGUGGGCCUCAGAACAAACAGCCCUUCAUGGUGGCCUUCUUCAAAGCGACUGAAGUGCACCUGCGAAGCAUCCGCUCAGCUUCAGGAGGAGGAAAACAACGUAACCCCAACCGGUCCAAAGGCUCAAGGAACCAAGAGGCGCUCAGAGCGGCCAAUGUUGCAGAAAACAGCAGCGCUGAUCAAAAGCAGGCGUGCAAGAAGCACGAGCUCUACGUCAGUUUCCGUGACUUAGGAUGGCAGGACUGGAUCAUUGCUCCUGAAGGAUAUGCUGCAUUUUACUGCGAGGGAGAGUGUGCCUUCCCACUGAACUCCUAUAUGAACGCAACAAACCACGCCAUUGUGCAAACACUUGUUCAUUUUGUCAAUCCGGAAACGGUUCCCAAACCUUGCUGUGCACCGACGCAGCUCCAUGCCAUCUCUGUGCUCUACUUUGAUGACAGCUCCAACGUGAUCCUCAAGAAGUACCGCAACAUGGUUGUCAAAGCUUGUGGAUGCCGCUGAACCAUCAGGAUCUUCACAGGGAUGCACACAUACGCACACAAACAGAGGAGAACGGACAGGGCGCUCAUAUGCUGCAAAGGGGCCGCAGAGAAUAGUUUGUGCAUAUUAUUGUAAGGCCAAUCAUGAAUUUCACCCUAUUUAAAGAGAUAAUCCACUCCCAUAUUUGUUUAAAAUAAAAUAAACAUGUAGUGCCUGGCUAUGCUGUCAUUUUUUAGCAGCAAAUGUGAAAGCCCAUGCGUAAAAUAUGGACCAAACAUUCCAAAAGCAAGUUGCAAUUUUGAAAAACAAGCCUAGUAUAAGACCCUUUGGAAGAUGUUCAUUCAGCUAUUACAUUUAAAAGCAGAUAAAACAAAAGUUAAAUCAUGAAUACUACUUAAAUUACCAGUUUAACCAAUACCAAUGACCAAUAGAUGAAAAUAUUCUUAGCUUCUUUAGAUCCUAUUUCUUUAAAGUGGUUUGAGUUGGUUUAGAAAUGUUUUUUUUACGGAUGAAAAUCUAAUUCUGUGUUAAUCAAUUUCCAACCAAGAGAUUGCAGAUCCGCCUUGCAGCAUAAAGCCUUUUCCCGGAGCAUCUUUUUUCAUUUUCCAUUUUCCCCUUAUAUUUUCAAUAGGUUUGAGAUUUGGGUAAUUUGAAAAUGAGAUAUCGCCAUUCCUGCUGAAGGUUCAGUAAAUUAACCGAAAUGUUACUCCGCACUAAUGUGCUGAAUGUAGCGGUAAAGACAUCUUUACCUGACAUGGAACCUCACGCCAUAAGUGAUUGAGGGCAUGUACUUUUUAAAGUCAUUUUCUUCUUCCAAAGUUUCAGAAAAUUAACACCAUACAGGUUCUACUACCGUUUUCCUUUUCGAUUGCAUUUUGGUGAUUCUUCUCUGAGAACCACUGCCAGAUUAUCAUACGUGAUGAAUGAAAGAUCUUCAUGAUAUUAUAACCUUACACACUAUUGCAAAAAUUACACACCAUUGCAAAAAGUUUUAAAACAAAAAUUUAUAACAUGAUGUUAUGAAUUGUUUUUACUAAUAAGAGAGCAGUAACAAUUAUUCGUGCUGCAGUACUAUUAUAUUUAUAUUAAUGUUAUUUAUAAUACCUCACUUAUAGAACCAAGUCAAAUAUGUAGAGCAAACUUUUGGUAAUUUACUUGUUGCUUUCAAGUGCUCAUUCUGUAGAAUAUUUUAGCUUUUUGUCAUUCUGCUCUUUAGGAGGAAUAUAAAAAAAAACUGAUAUAAGCUGGUUAAAUAGUCUGGAUGUUUACUCGGGUAGCUAGGCCGCAGGUUGCUGCGAACUGUAGUUUUAAACCGUUUCCAUAAUGGGAGUGACGUUUGGCACCCCUUUAACGUCCACAACAUGACCACGGGCAGCGCCAGGGGUAUCUUGGAGUUGCUAUAGCAACACCAAGAUUUAGCCUAGCAACUGCUAAGCAACCCCAAGAUUUUUGUUAUGAAAACUGAAAAUACACUGUAGUAAUUUAGUAAUGGGUUAAUUUUAAUUUCAAAUAUACGGAUUGCUCAACACUGACUGUGUUGAGCAAUUGUUAUAUUUUUUCAUGUAAGGAAGGUUAACGUAAAUCAGUAAAGCGGUAAACUUGUAGAAUAAUGGAGAGGUUUCUCGUUCGGCCAGCAACUCCUGUCUGUCAUAUAGCAACUGCUAAGCUUGAAAAAAUUCUGCCGCUGCCAACGAGCAUGACUGUGAUCAGAUCAAAAACAUUUCUAAACAAAUGCUUUUGUCCCCCUCUGUACAUGAGGGGAGAACAGUAGCAUGCUUCUCUCAGCCAGCUCACUGGCAGUGUGCAGCAACAGGCAAGGGAGAGGGGCCAGCAUUACUCCAUGCAGCAUCUAGCCAGAGAAAACUCAUAACUCUGGACCUUUUCCUGGCAUCUCAUUAAAAAGACUUUCAUGACAAAGAAUGAGCAGUUUUGCAACUCUGACAUUUCAAGACCUUGAUAGAGUAUAUCCUAAAACCAAUUAGGCAUUAAUUAAAGCAUCCUUAAAGGUACUUUUUAGUCACCUUUAAUUUUUCUUUAGCUGGAAAAAUCUGUAACUGUUAAAGACAAUAAGAUUCUCUUUUGAAUCAGUCUGCAGACCUCUUUCUAUUAUGUUAGAAGCUCAACUCUCUCUACCAAUAUAAAGCUUCAAAGGUAGAGUCGCCGAUUUGUCCAGAAAUGUAAGUAGGUCCCUUUUUGAAUAACUGCGCAUGCACAAGACCUUUUUACCUGCUUUUCCGCUCCUCAGGUGGGUCGCAAAAA